CAGUGAAGAAGGAUAAUGUAGCAGUACCUUGAAAGAUGAGCAGGACUUAUCUGGGCAGAUAAAGAGGAUGAGCAAUCCAAGAGAGGGGAUGAGAUGGAAAAAAACAGUAUGUUCAAAGAAUAAUGAUUAGACCAGUAUCCUCAGGCGAUGUGAAAUCUAGAUUGUUUCAGUACAGUUGAAUGCAUCAUCUAAAUUUCCCAGGUGUGGGAAUCAGUGUUUAGGGUAGAGGGACCACACAAUUGGUUCCUUUUUUACUUCAUGGUCUUGCACAGAAUCCACUGUGUAGAAUUAGGGAGACAUGACUUUAGAUACCUGACUGGUGGAAUUAAAGGUGGGAGUUUCUAGUCUGGGUUGUGUUUCAUGGACUACCCCGUGUACUUUCUACAGGCAGUGUGUUGCUUGUUUGGAUAGUUGGGAGCAGCUUCUCUCACCUUAAGGAACUGUGGGUAGAUGGUUUGCAGGACCACAUACACACACAAAAUAGCCGACUAAAGAAAGCGGUGGAGAUCGAGAUCAGUAAGUUUGAUUUGGGAACAAAACCCUGGAGACUGUAUAGGUAGGUGACUGUUGGGGGUGGACAGGCGCUGAAGACUUGGAUUGGUUUAGACCCAGAAGGAAGUGGCAUUUGAUUGGUUAUUAUAAGUGAAAAGGGCCCCUCCCUGGGUGAGAUCUGCCAGCCCCAUAAUUAGGACCUGAAAAUCUCUGCCAGGCCCGCCUUUGUGACGUGGCCCAGUCCACCUCAGCUAUGGAACAAGCCUUGACUGGUGAGGCCCAAAGCCGGUGGCCCCCCAGAGGCGGGAGUGGGGCCAUGGCUGAGGCGCCUGGGCCCAGUGGCGAAUCCAGAGGCCACUCAGCCACUCAGCUGCCAGAGGAAAAAACUAUCGGGGGACCAUCGAGGGGCUGCUCGGGCUCCGUGCUCAGGGUGUCCCAGUUGGUGCUCCAGGCCAUCUCCGCUCACAAAGGGCUGACUCUGGCAGCUCUCAGGAAGGAGCUCGGAAACGCCGGCUACGAAGUGCGCAGGAAGAGCAGCCGCCACGAAGCGCCCAGGGGGCCGGCCAAGGCCACGCUCCUCCGGGUCAGCGGCAGCGACGCCGCCGGGUACUUCAGGGUCUGGAAGGUUCCCAAGCCCAGGAAAAAGCCGGGACGCGCGAGGCAAGAGGAGGGCGCGCGCGCUCCCCGGAGGACCCAAGCCGCGCCCCGGAGCUCACGGAGGCGCCGCCAGCCGCUUCGCAAGGCGGCCAGGAAGGCCAGAGAAGUGUGGAGACGGAACGCGAGGGCGAAAGCCAAGGCCAACGCCAGGGCGAGGAGGACCAGGAGGGCGAGGCCGAGAUCCAAGGAGCCGCCGUGUACCAGAGCCAAGGAGGAAGCGGGAGCGACAGCGGCAGACAAGGGGCGAGGACAGGCCGUGAAGGAAGACACCAGGCCGAGGUCAGGGAAGGACAAGAGGCGAAGCUCCAAGCCCAGGGAAGAGAAGCAGGAGCCCAAGAAGCCCGCACAGCGGACCAUCCAGAAGCCAACGCCGGCUAAAACCGACCGGACAUCUAGCGGGCAGGGGAAGACUCCACUAAAGACCUCCCCUAAAUCUGAAGGUCUUCCUGAUCCAGUUGGGAAUGCAUCUUGUGGGAGCAGCUUCACUCCCACCAUGGACCAAUGCCUUUCCCCCAUAGGCCCCAAGAAGAGCGGCCGUCACACUCAUUGAAAUGAAAUGGACCUCUAGACCA